AUGAGCAGCUGGCGUAGGUUCUCCGCUGCUGGGCAGCGAAGUAUCCAGAAGGCCGACCAACUGGUCAAACUCGUCACCGGCCUGGAGCCAGAUAACGAAUACUUCCAAGUAUAUGUGAGUUUUGUCCAGAAGAACCUCGCCGAGCAUAACUUCCAGACGACCAAUGAGCAUGAGGUCGCCCAUCGAUACAGAGGACUACUGGAAAAGUUCUCUAUGCAUGGACAGUUGCGAGCGAUGGAAACCCUCUCCCGGCACAUCGAUUCUCUGUUUCGACAGCAGCCCAAAGAGCUGCUCUUGAUCAACGAUGUUCUAAGGCUCCUACUGGAACUGUCCGACACCCCAACGCACCACGAGUACACUCCCACCUUGUCUAGCAUCGAGAAGGAGACAUCCAUUAGCUGGGAAGAUAUCAUUGCAGAGGAGCCUCUGGUUGGAUCGCAUUGGAAAGCGGAGGAGGAAGUGGAGAUUGACACGGACUCGGAGAGUGCGGAUGCUGACACGACGAAAGUGGUGGAAAGUUGGAAUAGCGAGCUUUUGGACGAAGAGGGACAUUGGGCACAUGAUUGGAGGAACUUCCAAGCGGAAGAACGCAGGGUCGCCUUUCGGCAGAGAGAGUAUCGGCUUCUGAACGAUUUGCAAUACUGGAACCAGCCACCAAAGGCGUCUAUAUAUAAGCAGUACGACCCCGAUGACCCCUGUUCUCUAGUCCCAGCUCUCGAGACCCAUCGAAUAGAUGAAACCGAGUCGAUCUUCCAGCCAUGGAAAGUUGCAGAGGAACGCGACCUUGUGCGUGAAUGUCUGUUCAUGAUGGGGGGUGCAUCGACUCCUGUGUUCACGGUGCUUGAAGAUGGGACGGUGCAGGUGGAUAAUGAGCUCCGCUUAUUACAUGCCACCGAACGGUCAUUGAGAGACAUUUUGGAAUGGUUUGCGGAGUGUGGUAGCGCCGUUAACCGAGUCCGGAACUACAUAGCCAGAGUAUCAUCAGGCGUUGGAGCACGGAAUCUGACCGAGGAAGCGUUCGCCAACGCGUUGUCAAGCCUCCUGCUGGAACUCGAUCAGGACAUUGCGGAGCUGGAAAUGAUGUUUCAGCCGUAUAUGCGGGCCAUGCAAAAGGCUGGCGAGCAAGAGGUUUGCACACUGAUGGAACUUCAGACCCGGUUGAGUCUCAAAACCGACAUCUUCAGGGACUUCAGUUCAAUCAUCGGUGGAGUCCGUGCCGAAGAUGUAGCCUCCUCAGCAGACCUAACAAACACCCUCCUAUCGACCCUGCACACCCGAGCAGCGUACUACGAAUUCGCAUGCCAGCCGCAUAAGCUGGCGGUGAUCAUGCAAGUCCUGGCGCGGACGGUGGAGCCGUACUUGCGGAUGAUUCAUUCUUGGAUACAGCAGGGGGUGUUGGAUGAUCCUUUUGAUGAGUUUUUGUUGGUUAGACAAUCACCCGACGAUAUCCAAACGGAUGACUGGUACCACACCUACUCCAUCAGAACACAUCCAUCCGCCGACACAAAUAAAGCCGGCCCAGCAGUCCCGACCUUUUUGGUGACGAGCUGCCGCGAUGUGUUGACGUGUGGCAAGAGCUUGGCGAUGAUUGAGCGGUUGGAUGCUAAACAGGCUCUGCGAUGUAAAUCAGCGUACGGGCGGCCGUUGCAGGAUGAGAUUGCUGAGUUACUGGACCCUGGGCGAGCUGUGGCGCCGGAGAUUGGGAGUGGGGACCGUGGUCGGGAUGUUGGGGAGGUGCCGAGAGCCAUGUCGGCGCUUUUGGGUCUGGAUACGCCGGAUCAUGUGCAGCCUGAUGAGAACCGUGACAUUUCCGAAGCACCCCCAACCCCACCGGCCACCCUCCACCCCACAACCCAUACCCUCCCCACCGCCCUUGCCCAGCGCAUCACCGCCCAGAAACUCGCAGUCGGCAACCACCUCACCCGCCUGCUCCUGGACAAGUGCGGCCUGAGAGAGCAUCUGAGGGCUCUGCAGGCUGUGUGUCUGAUGACGGCUGGGCCGGUUAUGCAUGCGUUUUCGGGGAGGGUUUUCCGGAAUAUGCAAGCGAAGAAGCUCCCUGCGAAACCGGAGCUGCUGAACUCGAUAUUCGCGGAAUCGCUUGCUGAUUAUGCCGCAGAUUACCCGUUUGUCGAUAGGCGGUUGGUGCAUUUUGCGCUUGCCGGGGCGACGACGACGCGCUAUGGUGGGGAUGUGGCGGAGGUUUUGAAUCGCGUUACGAUUAGCUAUGAUGUCCCACACCCCCUCCGCCCCAUCAUCCCCCCUUCAACCCUCUCAACCUACACCACCAUCACGCGAGCUCUCCUACAAAUCAAACACGCCAUGACACAAUUGGAAGAGAACGGACGCGAUUGGAGUCGUGGACGCGGUGGACGUGGAGCGGCGAAGAGGGAUGUGGAGUUGGAACGCAUCCGCUUAGGGCUCAAGUUGAGACUUCGCCAUUUUGUGGGGAGUUUGUGGGCGUUUUUUAUGGGGGGGAUUAUCCAUGCGGAAUGCGCGAAACUGGAUUCCCAGCUCGGUACCGCGCAGGGCAUGGAUGAGCUUAUCACAUUGCAUGAGAAGUUUGUGACGGGUGGGAGGGAUAAAUGCCUUUUAGGUUCCAAGACGGCAGUCCUUUGGAACCUCAUCUCGUCCCUCCUGCAGCUGUGCACGGAGUUUGCGGGACUGUGUCGGGCUAUGGACGAGCGUGCGCUCCCGAGCGACGAUAACGAUCACUACGAGCCGAGUAUGCAGGAUGUUACGGUGGAUUUUGAACACGAUCUGCGACGCAUCUGGGACAAAUCAGAACGGGAGAUUGCGAGUCUGGGGAAGACGUUGGAAGCCGUGGCGAGUCAUGGGGUGGAGCAUUUGAGGUCGUUGGCUGCUGCUUUGGCGUAG